AUGGCAAAAGCAGGAUUAAAAAUUACUGUUAGCAGCGCCGAAUUGAAUGAUAUAAUGGUGAUGGAUACCUGCCCCAUGACAUUCUACCCUCCGGGUCCUGUGAACAAAAACACAAAAGCGGAAACAGUGAAUGAAUACAUGGGAAAAUUUAUCACUACUGUCUUAACCCGAACUGCUCCUUGGCAGAACUUUAAAGUUGGCGAAGACAUCACGUUUGACGUCAAGGAAUGUUCGUCAAAAAGUUCACCUGACUCUACAGUUCCAACAUUCUCAGGCGAGUCAUCUUCUGGAUUCAAUGACCAUCAACAAAAAAAGAGUAGGCAAAACAUGAAAGAAACAGCUGAAGAAGUCUUGUUGAUCCCUGACUCCACAGUUCCAACGGCUUCAGGCAAGCCAUCUUCUGGAUUCGAUUCAACUAAAUUUAUGGAAUUAUUGCAGGAACGGCUUCAAGAUAUUUUGAACUGCAAUAACAGCCGAUCUUUGCAUUUGACAGAGGCAAAUAAGCGUGCUUUUUGGGUCAAAAACUUACCAUCUGUCGGGAAUCAAAUCAAAACAAUGUUUUGUCAAGAAGCUCUUAAUCUUCAAGGGGAUUAUUAUUUUCCUGCAUCGAGUGAAUCUGAAGAGUCAGCUGCAUUGGGUGAAUUUGACGAGACAGCUGCACCGGGUGAAUCCAACGAGCCACCGACACCUGGCGAAUAUUUUUUGCCACAAACACCAGAUGUAUCUUUUUUGGCACCGACACCAAUUGAAUCUGCUCUGCGACCGACACCACGCAAAACAAAAGUUUUUACACCAGUACCAAGGAAAAUUUUUGUUUUGCCUCCGACACCAGAUGAUGUGGCACCAAAAAGAGUUUUGCCACCAAAAAGAGUUUUGCGUCCUCGUAAUUGA